CAUCGUCUAGUUCACUUUUCUCAUUUCAAGAAGAAAAAAAAAACAUUCAAGAGAUUUUUACAAAUAAUAUUCGGAGACCUCUGAAGACUGAAUUCCGAUUAAAUAUGGCACGAAGACACAGACACAUGAUUGGAUACAGAAUUCUCCUGGUUAUUGCCAUUCCUACAAUGUACUUUUUAUGCAUUAGUUUAGCGGGUUUAUUCACCAACGAGCCGGAGACUGAUCACGCUUCCAAUCGAAUAAGAGUGAGAAAAUUGAUGCAGAUUGGAGAACCUGAGCUGAAUGGGAGUCACAAUUGUACCCAGCCUUCGAUACAAGAAUUCCCGUCUGACGGAUUUACUGCUGAUGAGAGACGCUCUGGUUACAUACUCAUUCAUAUCAUCUUGGCGUUGUACUUGUUCCUUCUUGUUGCUAUCGUCUGCGAUGACUUCUUCGUACCCUCGAUACAACGCAUCUGCGACAAAUUUGGAAUGCCAAGGGACGUGGCGGGCGCUACGUUCAUGGCAGCAGCAACAUCCAGCCCCGAGUUAUUUAUCAAUGUCGUUGGGACAUUCAUAACAGAAGGGGACUUAGGCAUUGGCACUAUUGUUGGAUCAGCAGUAUUCAAUAUCCUGGCUGUGCCUGCAUGCUGUGGACUCUUUGCAAAAGAGAUUCUAGAUCUUGAUUGGUGGCCAAUAACUCGUGACUCACUGUCCUACGCAAUAACCGUCUUAUUACUGAUAGUAACUCUCCGCGACGGUCGUAUCGAGUGGUACGAAGCAUUAAUUCUCGUUAUUGUCUAUAUUUUGUAUAUUAUGGCGAUGUACUUCAACAGAGGUAUUAGUCGGUGCAUGGGCUCGAUGGUCUCGAAACGCAACGAGUACAAGAACCUCGAUGAUCGGCCCCUGCUACCUAAACAUAUUUCCGAUCCUAAAAUCACGGAUAGUUGUGAAUUUGAUGAGGAUGAGUCGCUGGAAAUAGUAAAUAUGACGUCAUGGCCAGAGUCGAAAUGCGAAAAAUUCUGGUGGCUGCUAACUUGGCCGAUUAAUCUGGUGCUUCUGUGUACAAUACCAGAUAGCAGAAGGAAAUCGCUGAAAUCUUGGUAUCCAGUCACCUUCUUUAUGUGCAUCGUCUGGAUUGCCAGCAUGUCGUAUAUUGUCGCUUGGGAUAUUACGAUUAUUGGCGAUACAUUCAAAAUUCCUGACUCUGUCAUGGGUUUGACAUUCCUAGCUGCCGGAAUGAGCGUACCCGAGGCAGUUUCCAGCGUUAUCGUUACUAAUCAAGGUCACGGUACAAUGGGCAUCAGUAAUUCAAUCGGAUCGAAUGUCUUCGACGUGCUGCUGUGUCUCGGCUUGCCAUGGUUCAUAAAAGCAGCAUUUUACCCAAAAAUACCGGGGACUAGUUACGUGCAGAUCAAUUCCGAGGGUCUAGUUUAUAGUUCUGUUUCACUAUUUUCGACUCUGAUGGUUCUCUACCUCGCGUUCUUCAUCAACAAAUUCAGAUUAGAUCGCAAGGUUGGGAUCACUUGUCUCGUUACUUACGGAGUCUUUCUUAUUCUUGCGUCAUUGACGGAGCUCAAUGUAUUCUUCGCUGUGAAUCGACCCACGUGUGUUCACUGACGAUGUCUUAAGGCUUAGGCCUUUUAUUAAUUGUUUAGGUGAUAUUGAUAUCGUUAUUCUAGGUAUUUAUGAUAGUCGUUGUAAAGGAUUGACAAACUGUGCUCUAGAAGAUAUAAAGUACGGUGAUGUUUACCAACAGAUUUUUAAUUAAUUUAGCAGUCUGAGUAUAUUAAUACAGUAGUUAUCUUCGUUGAUUCUGUAGGGAUUAAAAAAUAUACAUUUCUAGAUGCGAAAAGGAAGGAACCUCUGUUAUGUGCAGUUGACAGAGCGGUUCGUGUACAAAGAAUUAUCAUCAUGUAGUUGAAUAUAAAAUAGUGAUAACCACUUUGA